AUGGAUCUCCCGGCCGCACCGACACCGCCUUCUGGCGGCAACGGUGCCUCUGAUCGCACCUCCGAUCGCACCUCCAGUUUGCUCAACCUUCUCAAGUUCAGCGGCAACUCUGCUGGUGCGAACUCUCAGAAGCAGUUUGAAAAGGAGCAACCGCACAAGAAGCAGCCCAGCCUGCCCCAGAAUCCGGCGGCAGCUCGCCUUCAUCAGCCUGCACCCGCUGGCGCCGAUCCUAGUGGUUUGCUCGCCGCCCUGAUCAGAGGUAAUCCCGAGAAUGACGUAUCGGCCCCGAGCCAGUCGCAGAUAGCUGCAGGGCAAGCAUCAAAUCCGUUCAGCAAUGGCUCGCCUCCGGCCGACACGAGAUCAUACCUACUGAAUCUUCUCAACCGUCCCAAGCCUAGCCAGACAGACCAGCCGUCGCUGACGGAGUCUGGCCAAGGUCGAACUCAAUCCCCCAAAACUAUUGAAAAGUCGCACGAGCUGUACUAUGAACAGCAGCAGUACCAGAUGCACGCCCACAACGCUUAUGGGUCUCAACAGCAGCAGCAGCAGCAGCAGCAGCCCGAGCCAUUCACCGAUGCUAGGCAACCUACUUCAAACGGCUCCUCCUAUCCGUACAACGCGUCACAAGAUGCUCAAACGGACAUGUCCGCCGCGUUGUACCAGCAGCUUAUUGGCAGGCUUGCGGAAACGUCUCCGCAGAGCCCACAAGCGCUCGCAGGUGCAAACGCCGCGCCGCUACACAUUCUGAAAAGGGACCAGGGCUCGCCCGCUGGCCACCACCUACGCGAGCAAUCGGCGACGCGUAGCAACGAACAAAGUCCCCAUGCAAGCCCCAGAGACCAGGCGAGCCAGCAUCUCGACCGUGCUGUUUCUUACCAAUCUCAGCACUCUUCUCAGCCGCCCACACAAACUUCCCCUUCCGCAGAUCUAGCCUCGGGUCAGCACAACCAAGUUCCCGCGGAGCCCAUGUCUUCACCAGUUGGCGAAUUGACCAACAAAGCUGACUCGGAUGCUCGCGAAACUGUCGCCAUUGCGGAGCAGCAGCAAGCCCCCGUUGACAACGCCCCAACUCUCGACAGCCAGACUGCCGAGAUGCAUCCCCUUGACAACGCCGACGAGUCUGUCAGCUCCAACGUGGCUGAUUCCAAUGGCGAUGCAAGCAAAGAUCUGAAAACUGAUCUUUUUGAAAGCCAGGUGCUAGUCCCCAUCGCCACCUCUGUUCGCGUUCUAGCGGAGGAGGACCAAGCUGUUGCCGACAGCUGGGAAAGCGCCGACCAAGACGAGAUUCUUGUCAUUGAAGAGCCUGAAACACCCCCCGUGAAGGUAUACAACUUUCCGAUGAAGCCCUGGAUAUCGAUCAGCCUUCAGGAAGAUGCGACCGACCCCCGACCGCAGUUUCGCGAAGAAUCUAUCAUGGACAUUGCUCGACUCAAGAAAGAUUUUGAUCAGAUCGACCGCAACCUGUACACUGCUUCGCGGACCUACAUGACUUAUGGUAUGUCGAAACAAGGUGGCCUUCGAGUGAUCCGACAGGAUGAUGGAAAGGACGCCAAGGUGUUCACGGAUACCAAGGAUCGCAUCUUCAACGUUGGCAUGUCUGUCACGCCCCCCGACCACGAAGGGCCUCAUAAGGAGGCUAUAAUCGGUACAGGUAUCAGCGGCACUGUGUACUGGGUUCAGCUCAAGGAGGGCGACAAAGACCACAUUGAUGAUGCCCACCUGGAGCAGUAUGGUUUCGCCCUUCCUCCCGUUUCUACGCAGGAAGGUGAUGCUCCCGGCGGAGCUUUGAAGACACGUGCUAGAGCAUCGACCGGCCACCCCGAAUUCUUUGCCGUCGGCCGUGGGAAAUGCAUCAAUUUUAUUUGGCCCGCGCAUAUUCUCCAGAACAACCUGUUCAAACCUGGUCAUGAUCGUGUUGCUGACACCGAAAGACUGUUCAACGAAUGCUCUCUCAAGAUCAACACUGGCAAGGCGGGCAAAGAUUUCACUUUCAGCCAGGAUGACACUGUCGUCGUCUCCCUGGACAAGUCUGGUCGGGUCAAGUUCUGGGAUGUUCGUGACCUUACCACCGCCAAGGAAGGAACUGCUGGUCGCUCUCCGUUGCCUGCGCACAAUGCCAUGGAGGUCAAAGAGCCUUUGAUGACGCUUGCUAGCACACCGGAAGGUGAAAAGGCUUGGCCCACAUCGGUUCUAUUGCUGGACAAGCUUCGACCUUAUCAGAAGAGGUGUGCCCUUCGCUACAUGAUUGUUGGUAUGAAACAGAACCACACUCUACAGCUUUGGGAUUUAGCUCUGGGCAAACCCGUCCAAGAGUUCAACCUACCUCAUAGUAAGGAAUCAGAUGCUGUUUGCAGCGUCAUGUACCACCCCGCUAGCGGUAUGAUUGUUAUCGGUCACCCAACGAGAAAUUCAAUUUACUUUGCGCAUCUGUCGGCACCGAAGUACAACCUCAGGAGCGUUUCUCAGGCCGACUACAUUCAGCGACUGGUCAGCCAGGAUUCCUCCAUCUCGCAGCCGGAUAGUACCGCUGUGAUCUCCGGAGUCCGGGAAUACUCCUUCGCAAAUCGGGGCGUUUUGAGAAGUCUGGAUAUUUUGUGCAACCCUGCUAUGAUGCAAGAUGCCGACGAGCCUACUCUAUUUGAACUGUAUGCCAUGCAUUCAAAAGGCGUAGCUUGCAUGCUGAUCAAGCAGCAUGAGCUUGGAUGGUCCAAGGACAACAAGGUUUUGCAAGCCAUUGAUGCUGUCACCGAGGGCGUCGUCACAGUUUCCAAGUUGAAGGCACCACAAGCCACGGAAAUUCAUGCCACUUCCGAAGCUCGUCCCAGUAACCGAAGCUCCGCUAAAGAAGGGAAUAGCUCCUUGCCAUCCAGCCACAGCGAAACUAGUCAGCGGGCCCUUGAUUCCAGCAUGCAACCAAAUCUCGCUGCGAACAAAUCUCGCAAUGAUGGCAAAGACAACGAUGCCGCCGCCCAAUCUUCCAGGGAGAAUCAACCUGAGAGGCCAGAGAAGAAAUCUAGAAAGAAGAAGUCUGCCGCCUCCAAGGAAGCGGAAUCCUCGUCGCAUGGGUCGUCUGCGACUGUCCGUGAUGGGCAAUCCGAUAAAAUGGAUAGCAAAGGCAUCAAUGGCAUCUCGUCUGACGCCAUGGAGAAUGCCAUUGCCAAUUUGGAGACCCGGCUUUCUGCUCAGUUAUCGGACAUGCUGAAAUCGUCAUUCAGAAACAUGCAGAGUAAGAUUGACGAAGGCGUUCGCGUCAGAGACGAGAGCUUCAACCAUCAUCAGAUUAAGCUCCUUGACAUGGUUUCCGAAGUCCUGAACGAAAACACUCAGCAUGUUCUCGAAUCUCUCAUUCACAGAAAGUUUACCGAGUUGGUCAUUCCGACCAUUGGCGAGAAGACCAGCAAGGUUGUUACGGACACGCUUUCCAACAAGCUUCAACCAAGUGUUGUAUCAGCUGUGCAAAAGGAGAUACAAUCUGCGAUGCCGCAGGCAUUGAAGCAGGUUCUGCGCUCCGGGGAGCUCUCGAGUUCGAUUGCCGAGCGCAUUAGCCCAGUUGUAUCAUCAGCUGUUCAGCGCGACAUUGCCUCCACUCUGACGCAGCGCCUGGCGCCAACAUUGAACUCAGUCGCGACGCAGUCAGCACAACGCGCGAUUGGCGACCUUCAGCAGCAACACCAUGAUCAGCUCGAACAGUUCAAGGUCCAGCAUAUGGCAGACUCCAACAAGAUUGAUCAGCUCCGAUCCCAGGUCAACCAACUCACGGACAUGGUCUCUAACCUGGUGUCGGCACAAUCUUUGAUGCAGUCUGAGCUGUACAAGCUUAAGCAGCAACCCGUCCAUGAGCUACCCGGCGUGUCUGGCAAUCAGAGUCACCAUGUGCCCAGCACAGUUGCAUCACACGGAUACGCCAGCAACAACAAUGUCAACACAGCCAGCCAUCCUCCGAGCUUCGCACCCAGUCAAACUGCGAGCAACACACAGCCAUACAUGGGCAGCCCGCAGUAUAUGCGAGGGCAGCAGCACAUGAGAAGCCCACAUGGCUCGAGCGGCCCUUCCGAAAAUGUCGGUCCCGCGAAUAACGUCAAUGCUCUAGCAGGAGCGUACGCUCAUCAGAUGAACAAGAGUGAAGUCGAAGCCGACAAUGAUCUUAACCAGCGCAUUCAGCUCAUUGAGCAAGCCAUUGAUGCGGGCCGCCUCCACGAGGCCAUCAUUCAGUGGGUGCAGAGUGGGAAAGAAGCCGAAAUCUUCAGACGUAGCUUGAGCCGUUACCCAGCCGCCAAGUUCGCGAAUCUGCCGCCACUGAUGCUUUUGGUUGUGAUUGCGACGAUUUCGAAAGAUCUCAAGCCGAAUCCGCGACUGAAGGAGGAAGUGGAAUGGAUUGAAAUGGCAGUCCAUGCUUUCGCUGACAACAUUCAUAGCCACGAAUGGGAAAAGCAGGGUACCCGUGAUGUCACUAGAAGCGCUUCUCAGACGAUGCAACUACUGGUGAAUCGUAUUCGCCCGUUGAUCGCGAAUAUGGAAGAUGGCUUCCCGACGGAUCCUUUCCUGAUAAGCCUGGAAAGAGGCAAGCUUGAGUGGAUUAUCGGGACAUCUGAGCACAUCCUGAGUCUUUACCCGAAUCAACGACACUAUGAGUAA